UACCGUAUAUGUGGCCUGACAUCGAUACGAAAUUCUUUGCGAAGUUAGUGUUGCCAUUUUUUCCAAGAAAGUGCGGAAAACAUGGCUUCAAAACUGAAAUCGAGCUUUUCAAUCGUAUCACAAGCAUCUCGCAUUGCCACGAAAGUGUCUUUGAGGCCUAAUAUUGGAGUGCUGAGUAGGACCUAUGCUAAUGAAGGAGGAGAAGGAUGGCUUUCCAAACUUCUUCAUGUAAAGAGGGUUGAGCCAGCAACAAAAUCUCAUGCUAUGGCUUUGACUAACAAGGAUUUAGUCUAUGAAAUGCAAGUGCACAACAUCAAACCAGACUGCAUGGGUGAUUAUAUUAAACUUUCAGAUCACCAUUUGAGGAGGGUCCAUGAGAAAUCAGACUACCCUUGUGAACUCUUUGGAAGCUGGAGCACUGCUUUUGGUCCUCAAGAUCAAGCAGUUCACAUUUGGAUUUACAAAGGUUUUGAUGAGGUGAAAAAGAUGUCAGAACUGCUAUGGGAAGACAAGGAUUAUCUGGAAUACAAGAAGUUACGUGGUGAGAUGUUGGUUGGUAGGAGUAAUCAACUUCUCAUGCCUUUCUCAUUCUGGGGAGAUCCACCUCAGAGAGAUUCAUCACAUCUUUAUGAACUCAGAAGUUAUCAUCUCAGGCCUGGAACAUUAAUCGAAUGGGGAAACAACUGGGCAAAGGGAAUUGUUCAUCGGAGGGAACAAAAUGAAUCAGUCUUGGGUCUCUUUACACAGAUUGGAGAUCUCUAUCUUGUUCAUCACAUAUGGGCUUACAAAGAUCUUCAGACUAGGAAAGAGAUCAGAGAUGCAGCGUGGAGAAAACCUGGUUGGGAUGAUUGUGUUGCAUAUACUGUGCCUCUGAUCCGACGUAUGGAAACCAAGAUAAUGAUCCCUCUACCUUGCUCACCGCAGAAGUAGGAACUCAUCUUUGAAGAUGUUCUGUUGUCUGCAUUAUCGGUGUUGUGUGUAUGAGAAGCCAAUGCAAUGGGUGGAAAGUGUGAGAAUUCACAAUCUCUGCAAGCCUUGCCAUUGAAGGAUUUGAGAAUAUUUUGGUGAUACUGUUAAAGGUCUAUGCCUCUUGUAGUCCUGUACUUAUACCAUCCUAAUGCACCCCCACCCCCUUCUCUCAAUGCCCCUCUUUUUGCCCUUCACCCAUAUCUUUAUAAUGUGUUUAUUAUGUUUUGUUCUCUGUCUGUCACUUCUAAAUUCAUCUUCUCUUUCUGUAUAAUCAUCUAUUGUUUCCUAUCUUUCUGUCCAUCUUAGUCUUUCUUCAAAGCUCUUUAUCUUUCUGUUCAUCGUUUCCCUUUCCUUGACAAUAUGUCACUCAGAGUUGUGUAAAGAAGAUACUCAGCAGUGUUAUUCAAUCAUCGAUUCAUCAAUUGUAACUCUUUGACAAUUGGGAAGGGAUUUAUGGUAACGAAUAAAAGCAAAGACAUUCAGUUUGGCUUAUUAGGCAUUGAUUUUGGAUUCCAUUCUCUUGUCCUCAACUCUGUAAAAUAUGAAGAAAAAAGAAAACGAGACAUGUAAAAUAUAUAAAAAUCUGAAAUGCAGGGUUUUUUAGGGGGUACAUUUGUGUAAAGGUGAAUUAAUCAAUACAACUUGCAUUGUUGUAAUUGAAAGGAAAUGAUCUUUGUGAAUGAGCUUUGCAUGGGGCAAGAUAUUCUAUAUAAGAGUUUGGAGAGCUCUUUCAAACUAAUAUAAUAAAAUUAAUAACAAUAAAGAAGAUUUUUCAGACUUUUAUUGUGAUUAAUGACAGAUUUUAUGUUGGCUGGCCUGAAGUAUUUGUUUUGAUUUUGAAUAUUUGUAGAGGCAUGUGUCAUAAAUAUGCUAAAUUUACUAUCUUUGCUUAUCGGAUUUGUCUGUAAACUGUGUGCAAAUGCACAUGACAGACGAUAUCCAGUUGAAAAGCAGUUUAUGUCUUAAUCCUCAUAUUCUCCAACUAAUUACUUCGGGAAGAGAAACAAGCACUUAAUGGUAUGGAAUAUACAUCAGAAAUUACUCUGAGAUAUAAAUGACUGCUUAAAACAAUGAGUUCAAAAUUUGGAUAUGUGAAUGAAAUAAUGGUGUCCUCAAGUAUACACAGAUUUGGUUGUCUUACAUGUAGGUUAUAGUCAUUUGGACUAAUACCAGUUAGUCUAAUUACCAGAUCAUUUAACACAACUAUGGCUUACCCAUUUGUUCUAUGAUCUGUUUUGUCAAACUGUUGUGUGAUCCUGUUAUCACUAUGUCUGAUACCUAUUUGGCUAAUUCAUGUAAUAAUCAAAUGGCCUGAUUGCAACUUGUCCAAUUCUUUUUCCAUUUCAUCUAAUGACCAUGUGGUUCAGUAUGGGAAUGAUAAAGUUGGAUUUGACCAAGUAGCAAUUUAUCAAUAUGUAGAUUACAUGUAUGUGACAUGUUUUGAGCGAGGAGGGCUUUAUCCCAACCAGAAUAUGAUGCUCUUCAGAGUUUGAAGACAUUUUAUUAGCAAUUUAUCAUAAAAAUUUGUAAUGUAAUAACGCACAAUAUGCAUGGAAUACAAAAGCUUCUAAAGGUUUGUGGUGUCAGAAGUUUUUUCCUCUAUUUUUUAUCAUUAAUGUACAUUUUAAUUAGAUAUAAGGACCUUUUUUAUUUCUCAAGCCAGAGAUUGGGUGCCAUAGUGCUUGCAUUAAACGAUUUGAUAGGAGGCAUUUCAUGAUCAUGUGUAUGCAUUUCAACUUUGUAACCAUUGUAUUGAACUAAAGUUUCAAGACUAUAAGAGUUAUAAUAUGAGAGUAUUUAUCACAUUAUCCAAUUAAAAAAAAAUGGAAUGCAGCAUUAAGGUAGGAUUUGAAGUGUUUAUACAAUACUAGAGUGAAUAUAUGUUGAGAAUGAAAAGUUGUUUGUAAUGGAUGGUAGACAGUAGCAAUACAUUGGGCACAUUGUAAAAUGAAUACCACCGAUGAUUGUCAUGAAGCUAUUGUAAUGCUGGCAUCAAGAUUUAUCUUGCUUAACCCCUGUCACUUUUUGAGCUUACAUCUAAUUGAAUUCUUGAAUCGCUUUUAUGACAAAUGAGAAGCUUGGUGUAAUAUAACUCAUAUACUUUUAUAUUAGUUUCAUCAAUAUUCAGUGAUUUUGAGUGUUGGGACUUUUGAAAUGGAAAUAUAAAGAUGGAAAGUAUAAAUUGUUUAUUAAAAAUUCAAACAAAAAUGAAAUUUUGACUUUGCUUUCAUACUGUUCUUGGUCAUCACUUUUUAAAAAAUAUAUCUUUAUGCAGAAUUAUGUAUUCCUAUUUUUUUCAUUUGUUUCAUGUAUCAGAUACAUCAAAUAACUAAAAUAACUGUCUGUUGAUUAUAUGUCACCUUCAAAAAGUUGGCAUAUAGUUUGUUUCUGUAAUAUAUAUUUGAUCAUAGAGUCUGAUGAUUUACAGAAGAAAAAAAUGUGUGUUUUAUAAAUACUGUUCCUUACUUCACAAACACAAUUGCCCCCAAUAAAUGAACUAUUUUGGGUUGCAUUUUUAAACAUAAUAAUGAUAGAGUUAUUCCAUCUUUACCUAUACCUAUCACCUUUACCAAAAUUAUUUCAGUAUUGCAAAGUAUAUACAGUAUGUUACUGUAAGGGAUGUUCAAUUGGGUUAAACAAAACCUUUUUUUUCUUUGUUAUUUGCCUAUUAAUUGAAAGGAAAUAAUGUUAGUUUAAAACUAUUUUUAUUACUUUAUGGGAGAUAUUCUGCAGCUAUCAUGUGAAACAUGAUGUAGAAAGUCUAUCAUUGUAUAUUGUAAACUAUGUGUGAGCUUGGGAUUGUUAUUUAACAAGGAGUUACAAAUUAUAGCUCAGAUUGCUGUUUUAAAGCAGUUAUAUUGAAAAUAUUGAAUAAAGGUUCAUAUUUGAAUUGA